AUGAGUAGCGGCUCUCGCUCACCACUCAAGCUCAUCUAUGCUGCAGAUGACGAGCUUGAUGAUGAAACUGACAAGUUGCUCGGUAAUGACUCUGACCACACGCUUGCACCCUCUGCAUCAACAGUCCUCCGCGAUGUACAGCAUAUCGCCAAGAUGAUGCCAGGCGCUGGCUUGCUGCACUCAAGCGCGGUUGAUCCGCACGAAUCUGCCGCGCAACAUGAGCAUAGCGUGGCAGAAGCAGAUCUACUACAACGAGGCGCCACGCGCGGGAAGCGGCGCUGGGUAGGCGUUAUACUCAUCAUUCUACUCAAUCUCGUCUCUUCAUUUGGAACGAUUGCUUUUGCGCCCAUGGCGAGUAUUGCGCGUGAUCAUUUUGGCUUUUCUACAUUGACGGCAAUCAACUGGUUGACCCUCUCUUCGGGGUUUAUGUACUUUUUGGCUUCUCCUGUAUCCAUUUUGGUGACACGCUUUGGUGCUAAGCAAGCAUUGCUGGCUGGAUCAGCAUUGCUCAUUAUUGGCAGUUGGCUUAGAUUCGUUGGCGUCCAUCGCCAAUCAUACCCUAUGGUGCUAGCAGGCUCACUCCUCGUCAGUGCCUCGCAGCCUUUCGCGCUCAACUUGCCAGUCUACUAUUCGGAUCUCUGGUUCGAUGCAGAAGAACGCGUUGCAACAACAGGACUCAUGACGCUGGCAAGUCCGUUAGGCCAAGCUGUUGCUAGUCUUGUCAUUCCUUUGGCAGUUGAAAAGCCAUCAGACAUGCCGCUCACAAUGCUCGUUAUUAGCAUCGUCACUACCGUUCUCUGCUCCUUCAGCAUCUUGAUGCCGUUCCGCAAGAAGGUUCACGUCAUUAGCGACUUGAGCGAAGCGCAUGUGAAUGCAAAGCAGUCAGUCUAUCAAGGAUGUGUGCAGCUACUAUCGACCAAGGCAUUCCUCUACAUCUUGGUUCAAUUCAGCAUUCUCGUGGCAGCGUUCAAUGCGGUUGCCACACUCAGCGAGCAAAUGACAAACCCACUUGGCUAUACAGCUGUCCAAGCAGGCAUGUUGACUGCUGCAAUGGUGAUUCUUGGACUGAUUGCUUCGGCCAUCGGUUCUCCAAUCCUCGACAAAUCACGCGCGUGGAAGCUGCCAACACUGAUGUGCGUCUCUACAGCAACAGUGAGUUACUUUCUCCUUGCAGGGCUCUUGACGUCUUCAUUCUCGUCACUCAGGUACAGUGUUGCGAUUGCGCUGUAUGCUCUCAUCGGGGCGAGUUCACUCAUCAUUCUGCCUCUUGCGCUCGAGCUCGCCGCUGAUGUGAGUUAUCCGGUAGACACUGAACUUCCUGCAACAAUCAUGUGGAUGCUUGGACAGCUGCUUGGCGCUUGCUUCAUCUUGAGUAUGGACAAGCUGAAGAAUAUCUCCUCAGAUGGGACAUACGGUGGUGCCCUUUUGUUUUUGGUGGUAGUGCUUUGCUUACCUCUGCCUAUGGCUGUCUUACUAGCUCGCAGUGGGCAGGUUGAAAAGGGUCGAGCGCUGCGAAAUGGCGAAGAUGGAUAA